CCUCGGUGCAGGCGUUCCUGGAGCUCCAGCAGAAGAUGCAGAACACCAACCAGUCAAUACGGCUGUCUGACAUGCAGAUUGCUACGCUGAAGCGGCAGAUCGAUCAUGCCACGCUCACCGAUCGGGAGAUUCAGGCUAUGCCCGACACCACGCGAGUGUAUGACGGCGUGGGGAGGAUGUUUGUCUUGAACAAUGUGCCCACCGUGAGGAAAAACCUGGAGAAAAAACAGGCGACCAACAAGGAAAAAAUCGCCAAACUAGAGGCCAACAAGCAAUACUUGGAAAAGAGCCUGAAGGAAUCAGAGAACAACCUCCGCGAACUGAUAAGGACCAAGCAGCGUAUUGCGGUCAGUUAGGGCUAUCAUACAACCGGGGACAGAGCGGGAGUGAGAGAGGGAGAGUGACGGAGCAGGGAGAGAGUGUAUCAAGAGGGGAGAGGGAGAGAGUAACGGAGGAGUGACGGAGUAGAUGGGUUUGGCACAGGGGAAAGGGAAACUCUUCACACUUUGCUCCUUGCCUGUGUAUAAUGAUGGUGGGAUGCAUUGGAUGAUCCUCGGCUGACACUUACCGUUCUGUCGGUAUGACGUCAUUGUCUGAUAUGACGUCAUCGGCUGAUGAGGUGACAUCACUGGUUGGUGGGAUGACGUCAUCGGCCUGUGAGUGUGUUUGGAAGGGUGUGAAUGCGUACUAAGCUGUGUGCUAUUCCGUGCUCGUUUGAGAGGAGAUGGUUCAUAAUGUUCGGACUUUGGCGUAGAGAAGAGAAAAUUACACGCCUAGAGUGGUGGGGAAGGUUUUCAUUAUCACUCGCCAGUUGCGUGAUAACACGUUGGUUAUUUGCCUAAUGUGCUGCGGUUUCUUUUUUCGAUAAGAAAGUCCAGUGUUCACUGUUUCACUGACAAGUCUACGAGAUGAGAAAUGUCUCGUGAUUUUGACUGCUACUUGGGUCUUUUCGCGAAUUGUUUCCCUAGGUUUUAUAUUUUUCAGGUUUUCACCGUCUAAUUUGUGUUGCAUCAAUCUGUAUCGUUUUGUUGUUGGCACCUCGUGUUACCAGUUUUCCGCUGCGAAUUUGCUAGAGUUGCUCCUCGAGUGUUAUAAGUAACAGGUAACGUCGUCAGGCCUGACAAUAACAAUCCUCAAAAUGGUUUUACUCAUAUGUUCCUAACUCUUGUGUAAGCCAGAAACGUCCGCUAAAUAAAUCUGCAAGUA